GUGGUGUUCCUGGUAGCCAUCUUGGAUUCACUGAGUGAUUGUUUGGCAAAAAGAAAUAAUAAAAAUUAAAAAUAAAGCUUCAAGACUUGGAGUCUUAAGGUACAAUAUAGAAGGGUAGAAGGCGAAGGGACAUUCAGAAAAAUCAGUGAAAGACGGUAUGAAGAAAGCAUCCUAGUCAGUAAGUCAUGGCUGAUAAGAGAAAACUACAAGGUGAAAUAGAUCGAUGUUUGAAGAAAGUAGCGGAGGGUGUAGAACAGUUCGAAGACAUUUGGCAAAAGCUUCAUAAUGCCGCCAAUGCGAACCAGAAGGAAAAAUACGAGGCGGACCUCAAGAAAGAAAUUAAAAAAUUACAGCGUCUUCGAGACCAGAUAAAAACAUGGGUGGCCUCCAACGAGAUCAAAGACAAAAGGCAGCUAGUCGAGAACCGCAAACUCAUCGAGACGCAAAUGGAGCGGUUUAAGAUAGUAGAGCGGGAGACAAAGACGAAGGCCUACUCCAAGGAGGGACUGGGCCUUGCGCAGAAGGUGGACCCUGCUCAGAGGGAGAAGGAGGAGGUUGGACAGUGGCUGACGAAUACGAUAGACACUCUAAACAUGCAGGUGGACCAGUUUGAAAGCGAGGUGGAGUCUCUCUCUGUCCAGACUCGUAAGAAGAAAGGGGACAAAGAGAAGCAGGACCGAAUAGAGGAGCUCAAGCGUUUCAUAGAAAAGCACAGGUACCACAUCCGCAUGCUUGAGACCAUUCUGCGUAUGCUGGACAACGACUCGGUGCAGGUGGACUCGAUCCGGAAGAUCAAGGACGAUGUGGAGUACUACCUCGACUCUUCACAGGACCCGGACUUUGAGGAGAAUGAGUUCCUUUAUGACGACCUGGACCUUGAAGAUAUCCCCCAAGCACUGGUGGCUACAUCUCCACCUGGUCACUCUCACAUGGAGGAUGAGAUCUUCCAUCACUCCAGCAGCACCCCCACCUCCACCACCUCCUCCUCUCCCAUACCUCCAUCACCUGCCACUUGCACUACGGAGAACUCAGAGGAUGACAAGAAAAGGGGACGCUCCACAGACAGUGAAGUCAGUCAGUCACCAGUAAAGAAUGGCAAUCCCUCUUCGUCAUUGUCCUCCUCUUCCUCAUCCUCCUCCUCUUCGUCAUCCUCUUCCGGAGCCUCCUCGUCCUCGCUGGUGUCCAUGGCUACCAUCACAGGUGGCAGUGGGGCAAUCACAGGGGGCAACAGCCUCCUCGGCAGCAUAGGGGGGCUCCUUCCCAACUCUGGCAGCUACAGCACAGCGACUCAACAACAACAGCAACAAUCUCAGCAGCAACAAUCACAGCAGCAGAACCAACAGCAGCAUCAAUCCCAAGCCAAAAACUCUGUGAAUUCUGGGGCACCCUCCAACACCAACACCAGCCCGUCGAGCCUCCUCCUGCUCCCCACAUCUGUCGCUUCCUCACCUCCCAAUACUAGCACACCCGGUCUUCUUGCCACAAACUCCCAACCUCAGGGUACUUCAGGGCCAACCGCUGCCUCGUCCUUGGGGCUUGGACUGGGGUUAGGCCUCAGCAAAGGUAGCGUGACAGGGGUUAGUGGUGCCAAUCAAAUUCCUGGCCUGGGUCUGUCUGGGAUGCCGGCAUCCCUCAACACCAUGGCUGGGCUCUUGUCAAGCUCCACCCCUGCUCCUUAUGCCCAGGCAGCAGCUUCAGGGGCAGUUGGAAGUGGGCUAGGAGGGUCUAUUGUGGGUGGCACUUCUAGCUCUAGUGGGGUAGGAACAGGGAACAGUAGCAACGGAAGUGGUGUGUCUGCCGGUUUGUUAGGCUCUGGUAGUGGAGUCGGUGGUGGCAGCGGUGGGAUUUUGGGUCUAGGCAGCGGGCAGACCGCAGUUCAGGGCCCGCCUCAGAUGGCCCCUAGUCCAGUUGGCGGACUGGCUCCUGGAAGUGCUGUUGGAGCCAUAGGGGGUAAUGGAGGGAAUUCGGGUGCAGGUGGAGGUGGGGGAGUUGGUGCAGGAGGAGGAAGUGGAGGACUUCCCAGGCCGCCCAGUGGACAGAAGCAGAAUGGCAGUACCAGUUACAGUGCUGUAGUAGCAGAUAGCACACCAGAUUCCGCCCUCAGUAGUGCCAGCCAAUCGCAAAACAGCCAACCCUCUUCCUUGGGGCCUGCAGCCAAUCCCCCUAAGGAGACUGGCUCCAGCCUCUUGGGCUCAAUGACCCUGCCCCCCAGCUCGCCCUCCCCAUCCUACAGUGAAAGCAAGCCAGGAGGCGGGAGUCUGCUGAACGGGCCUCACUCAUACACACAGGCCUCGGAAGGCAUCAAGGCACCAGAGCCCCUCAGCUCUCUGAAGUCCAUGGCAGAGAGAGCCGCCCUGGGCUCAGGACUGGAGGGCGAGAUACCAGCGCUGCACCUGUCAGACAGGGACAUCUUCCCUGCAUCAUCUGCCCCACCUGGGCCUCCCACAGCACCCCAGCCUUCUCUGUCUGAGGUCAGCAUCCCUCCCUCGCUGGGGGUAUGUCCCCUCGGGCCCGUCCCCCUGUCCAAAGAGCAGAUGUAUCAACAGGCCAUGCAGGAGUCAGCCUGGACGCACAUGCCCCACCCUUCUGACUCAGAGAGAAUAAGGCAGUACUUGAUGAGGAAUCCGUGCCCCACCUUGCCUUUCCACCACCAGGUGCCCCCUCCUCACUCCGACUCUGUGGAGUUCUACCAGAGACUGUCUACUGAGACCCUCUUCUUCAUAUUCUACUAUCUAGAGGGCACUAAGGCACAGUAUCUUGCAGCAAAGGCACUGAAGAAGCAAUCAUGGCGAUUCCACACAAAGUACAUGAUGUGGUUCCAGAGGCAUGAGGAGCCCAAGACCAUCACAGAUGAAUUUGAACAGGGGACAUACAUUUACUUUGAUUAUGAGAAAUGGGGCCAGAGGAAGAAGGAAGGAUUCACAUUUGAGUACAGGUACCUUGAAGAUAGAGAUCUCCAGUGACUGACCGUUGGAGAGCGACAGAAAGAGUUGGAGAAAAAGCAGGGUGUGCUACUGUUGACAUUCCUGGAUUGAAUUUCAACAUAGUUGGAAGAGACGGAUGCAAAGAUGACUGUCCAUGUCUGUUCAUGCAAACGCAGUUGGAUCACCUUCCCAGCCCUGGAAACCCCCCUCCUCCAUCCCCCACCACCCCGACCGCAUCAUCGGUUUGAUGCUUUUAAUCGCCUCGCUAAACUGAAGGUAUUUGGUGGAAAGAUUAUUGGAUUUCAGGUUGAUUUUACAUAUUUUGUUUAGACGUUAAAAAAAAAAAAUCAUGAUUCACUCGAGAACCAAAGAUAAUUCGCAGACCCGUAAUAACCCUUGGUGAAAGGGUUUGGUGAAAUAAGAGCCCGAUCAGAUUAUACUGGGGGAAGGUCCAGGACCUGAACAUUUCACAGCAGUUUGCACUGCUGCAGGUUUUCCAAAGUGCAGCCUAACAGACAUAAGCCCAACCAUCUCAUGCUUGUCACAUCGUGAUAAGAGCAUUUGUAAACCUGUAACACCAGGCCUACUUGACUUUCCUCAUUACCACAUGCAGUACAAGAGCCUUCUUCUUUGUCAAACCUGGCAUGGAUCAAACUGCUAUGCAAAAAGGUCCUCUUUCCAUCCUUUUUGAAACUGUCAGUGUAUGACAAAAGGACCACCAUCAGCACUGAAACUUUGUGGUGUGUUUACAGGUAAAUAAAACAAGCCAAAAGUGAGAUGAGUUCAUGAGUUAAACUGACAAUGCCCAAACAAUGCUUUUAUCAUUCAUAAUAUAAAUUUGUAAAUCAUUCAGGAUUGCACUUCCAAGCUUGGGAGGACACUUAAAUCUGUUAGAUUACCUUGUGUAUAUAUAUACAUAUAUAUAUAUAUAUAUAUAUUUGGGGGGAGAAGGGGGGGGUGCAAAAAAUGUGUCAGUUUGAAUUUUUACAGCUUCAUAAAUUAGGAAUAAAUUUGCUUCGUUUCCUCCCCUACUUUAUAGAGCAGAAAUAGGUCUCACUUGCUGAAAGCCACAUAAUGUGUUGAAGUGCUUUUUUCCCCUUUUCGUUUUCAUUUCAUUAUGCUUUUUUAUCUUUCAGUUUUGGAGUGCAAUCUUGAAUGAUUUUUCUUGUAUAACUAAAUUUAGGCAGAUAUUGAAAGCAUUUCAGAGAAAUUGAAAUAUGAGGUAACUUUUUUAUUUCUUUGGGGGGGGGGACAGGCCAUAUUUGGAAGACGACAAAGCACCAUUUAUUGAGUCCUGUUUUAAUGUUAACAUGUUUACUUAAGGGAAGAGAACAGUAAUUGAAAGAUGAAAUGUGAAUUUCUCCCAAAAACUGUUGUAUAGACUUUUUCAUCCUUUUUGUUGUCAUCUGGACAGCAUGGUAAAUAACACUUAAAAGUGGAGUAAAGCAAAUAAGACAAAUAACAGUGAAAUAAAGGAUUGUAAAAUAUUAAUAAAACAUUACUUUUCAGAA